AUGAAUAUUGAAAAUCUCCGCACCAUCUCCGCCCAUAAUCUCCGCACCUUUCGUCGCCAUUAUGUCUCUGAGAUCUCCGGUUCUUUAGGCGAUCUAGGGACCUUUCUUCCCCUCGCCAUCACUCUCGCCAUCAACGGAACCGUUUCUUUAUCCAGCACGCUCAUUUUCUCUGGCAUCUUCAAUAUCCUGACUGGUCUACUCUUUGGAAUCCCCCUUCCUGUUCAGCCUAUGAAGGCUAUUGCUGCCGUUGCCAUCGCCCGAUCCUUUUCUCCAGGAACCAUCGCUGCAGCGGGUUUCUUCGUCGCCAUUUGCGUCUUCAUCUUCAGCGUGACGGGGCUCUUGCGGUGGUUUGCCAAUGCCAUCCCUAUUCCUGUCGUCAAGGGUAUCCAAGUUGGAGCUGGCCUCUCCCUCAUCAUCGCAUCGGGAGGGAAUAUCCUCUCCUCGCUCAAAUGGGUGAAUCCAUCUUGGGCAGAUAACUUGAUCUGGGCCAUUGCGGCCUUUGUCUUUCUCAUUUCCACCAACGUCUAUCGAAAUGUCCCUUAUGCCUUACUGGUGUUUAUUCUCGGUUUGAUCUUUGCCAUCGCCCGCUCCGCUGUGUCUGCCAGCCUGCCCUCUUUCGAGUUCUGGCAUCCAUGGCUUGUUAUCCCCAGACCGCAUGAUUGGGUCGUUGGUGGACUUGACGCAGGUAUCGGCCAGCUCCCUCUCACCACGCUCAACUCCGUCGUGGCGGUCGUGUAUCUGGCAAGUGAUCUACUUCCGAAUGUCCCCACGCCGACCGUCACUGCUGUUGGCUUGAGCGUGGCCGGAAUGAACCUGAUAGGCUGUUGGUUCGGGGCUAUGCCUGUAUGCCACGGUUCCGGAGGACUAGCAGCUCAGUACCGAUUUGGUGCUCGUUCGGGUGCAAGUGUGGUCUUUCUAGGAGCGUUGAAGCUGAUUAUUGGUAUUUUCUUUGGCGAGUCGUUGGUCGGUCUGUUGAAACUGUUCCCUGCGGCUUUCCUGGGAAUCAUGGUCAUCGCUGCUGGACUGGAGCUAGCCAGCGUCGGGGAGAGUCUGAAUACCUCAGGAGCGAGGGAUAGCGGAAAGCAUGGAUCUGAAAUCAUUGGCGAGGGAAGCCAGGAGAUUGGACCCGUGUUUAGUGACGAUGAGCGAAAGAAGAGAUGGACGGUGAUAAUGGUCACCGUGGGCUUUCUCGUUGGGUUUAAGAACGAUGCCAUCGGGUUUGUGGCCGGGAUUCUGUGUCACUGGGCUUACCAAUUACCAUACAUUGUCGAUGGGGUGAGAGAGCGAUGGAGCCAGGGAAGAAUCCGGGUAUAG